AUGGAUAAUUCUACCAGCGAUGAAGACACAGACAAUGACUUUGAUACCCAGUUCAUCAUUCAACAGAGCUUACAGGAUAUUUACAAGCUGGGAACAACACAGCCUGCACCCGAGCAUGAGAGCUUCCAAUCCUUUUUGAGCACUGACUAUAAGAAGAUAGUUGAGACGAUAGAAAUAGGUAAGGAAGAUGCAUUGAUACACUUGACCACGUACCAUUCAGCUUUUGAUGAAGUUGAUGGGACAGGUUGGCUUCCUCUACAUAAGGCUGCAGUGCAAUUAAACAAGAACAUUCUGGAAAUAACCCUGAAAGCAUCAAAACCCAGUAUGUGGGAGCAAACCACCCACAAAGGCGAAACACCGCUUUUUUUGGCUGUCAGCAGUUGCCGCUUAGAAAAUGCCAGUUUUCUUCUUCUCAAUGGUUGUAAUCCAAAUGCUAAGAAUUUAGAAGGCAAUUCUCCUCUUCUUACAGCUGUUGCUCAGGAUUCCUACGACAUGGCCUCCUUGCUGAUCAGCCACGGAGCAGAUGUCAAUCUGCUGUGUGCCAAUGAGAGGACGGCUCUCCAUGAAGCAGCCAAACUGGGCAGACAGGACAUGGUGAAGCUUAUGCUGGUUUCUGGGGCACACCCUGACCCACGGAGCUCGUAUGGUUUCACUCCUCUUGCUCUUGCUGCCCAAAGUGGACACACUGAAAUCAUGAGAAUAUUAUUGCAGAAAGGAGCGAAUGCUCUUGGCCAGGCCUCUGAUUCUUCUUCCAUCUUAGUUGAAGCUGCUAGUGGAGGGAAUCCAGACUCAGUUGCUCUCUUGCUAGAGUACGGUGCUGAUGCCAACAUCCCUAAGAAUUCAGGCCACCUGCCCAUACAUGUGGCUGCUGACAGAGGUCACUUACUAGCCCUGAAGACUUUGGUUCCUGUUACGGAUUUUGCAUCCAUUAAGCAAAGUGGGAUCAGUCCAAUUCACUGUGCAGCAGCAGGGGCACACCCUGAGUGCCUGGAACUUCUCAUCCAGGCUGGAUUUGAUGUGAAUUUCAUGCUGGAUCAGAGAAUUUGCAAACACUAUGAUGACCAGAGGAAGUCAGCUUUGUAUUUUGCCGUAUCAAACGGUGACCUCUCUUCAGUUAAGCUGCUUCUGAGUGCUGGGGCUCUGCCUAAUCAAGACCCAGUUAACUGUCUCCAGAUAGCCCUACGGAUGGGCAACUAUGAGCUGAUAAGUUUGCUGCUUCGACAUGGGGCCAAUGUCAAUUACUUCUGUAGAGUCAACCCUUUACAUUUCCCAUCAGCACUGCAGUACACCCUCAAAGAUGAAGUCAUGCUCAGGAUGCUGCUGAAUUAUGGGUAUGAUACAGAGCGAUGCUUUGAUUGUCCUCAUGGAGACAAAGUUCAACCUAUGUAUGUUUUUGAAGGCUGGACAUCUACAGUUAUCAAAGACACUAUGUUCUGUGAAGUGAUAACUUUGUCUUGGCUGCAGCAUCUUUCUGGAAAGGUUGUUCGCGUGAUGCUUGAUUAUGUUGAUCACAUUCGGAUCUGUUCAAAGUUGAAAGCUGUGCUCCAAAAUCAGGGGCUGUGGUCAGAAAUCAAUUUUAUCUUAACAAACCCUCGCUCCCUAAAACACCUGUGCCGCCUAAAGAUUCGGAAAUGUAUGGGACGUUUACAUUUGCGCUGCCCCGUCUUCAUGUCGUUUCUUCCAUUACCUAAUCGUCUUAAAGCAUAUGUCCUCUACAAAGAAUACGAUCUUUAUGAACAAGGAAAUUUUAAAGGAACCUGGUAA